AGAGUUGCAGAAUUAAAAGGCACAAAGCAGACAGCAACUGGUUCAGCUGCUAGCACAUCAUCCCAUCCUGUCAAAAGAAAAACUGUUGACACAGAAAAUACAGAGUUAAAGAGAGUAAAAGGUACAGACGAAAAGCCACAUACAUCUACAUCUGGGCUACCAGCAGAUUUUUUUGAUGAAACAGAGCAAGAUAGUGCAAACAAACAGCUUUCAAAGGGUCCAGGUCCCAGUCUAUUGUCAGUAAAUUAUGACGACGAUGAUGAUGAUGAUGAAGAGGAAGAACAAGAUCAAUCAGACACAUCUUCUGUUAUGCACAAAGCUGAAAUUCCACCUCCAACUCAAGACGUAGUAGCUAAUUCUCUACCUGCAGACUUCUUUGACAGCAAAACUACGGCUGCUCCUAUAGUUUCCCAUUCAGGAUCCAUACAGAAAGCAGAGAUACAAGAGAAGGUAGUGGAAAGGAAAGAAAACACUGCUGAAGCUUUGCCAGAAGGUUUCUUUGAUGAUCCUGAAGUGGAUGCAAAAGUGCGAAAAGUUGAUGCUCCAAAGGAUCAAAUGGACAAAGAAUGGGAUGAAUUUCAAAAGGCAAUGCGACAGGUCAACACAAUUUCAGAAGCAAUAGUGGCAGAAGAGGAUGAGGAGGGACGACUAGAUCGUCAGAUUGGAGAAAUUGACGAGCAGAUUGAAUGUUACCGCCGUGUUGAGCUUUUGCGUAACCGCCAGGAUGUGAUGAAGGAGAAGUUAAAGGAAGCCAUGAGAUUAAGAGCAACUCAAGAGAAAGAGGAUGAGGCUGUCGGUAGCGAAGAUGAAGAAGAGCUGCAGGAUUUGCUGUCUCAAGACUGGCGGGUGAAAGGGGCUUUGUUGUAGCAUUUCUGCAACGUGGUUGACAUUCUCUUUAUCUGUGAUGUUACUUCCGUUGUUAGGAGUGAGAUGCUUUUGUUAAAUAUUUAUUUAAAAAGGAUGGUGAGAUGGCAAAGAGCCAAGCAUAUUAAAAAAACCCACAUCUUCAUAGAUUUAUGAUAGCGUAUUACUCGCUGUAAAAACUGUAUAUUGCAAAUGUUUUACAAUAUUGUAUGUACCUUUCCUAUUAAAAUUAUUGGUUUCCUAC